CCUACUCAUUUUUCUAUAGUUUCUAUGUUUUUUGUUGAAAAAUUGGUUUUGAGUGAAUAAUGUCUGAUAAAACACCAAAUGUGUUUUCUGUAUUUAAUUUUAAGAAAAAAACAUGAAACGUGUAACAUCGAAACAGAAGAAGAGUACUGGCGAAGAGUGGCUUACUACAGAAUUAUCGACACAUUAAUUAUUAAUCUUAAAAGCAGAUUUUCAACCGAAAGCUUAUUAUUAGCCACUUCGUUAGAUAGUUUUCUCAAAAUGUAUUAAAAAAACAGUGAAUAUUUUAUUAAUCAAUAUCGGUCAAUUUUAAAUGUCAAUCAAGAUGAUUUAAAGGCGGAGAUGCUCGUUGCUAAAAAUUUUGCAUUAAAUUUAAAUAAUGAUUUUGAAUUAGACACCAUCAAAGAAAUUGCGAAGAGGAAUACAUUUCCAAACACCUACAAGCUGUUUCAAGUAGCUCUAACCAUACCGAUAAGUUCGGCAACAUGCGAGCGAUCCUUCUCAUGUAUGAGACGCAUUAAAAAUUGGUUGAGAACAUCAAUGGAGCAAGAUCGAUUUUCAAAUUUAGCCAUUUUAAAUAUUGAAAGAGAUAUGUUUAAUAAUAUAAACAAUAAUGACAUACUGGAAAAAUAUAAUAAAAUAAAAAACCGACGAAUGUAGAAUACUAAUAUAAGAAUUAUUAUAACAAUUAUUUGUAUUUAUUUUUUGAUUAUAACUAAAUGGGUAAUAUAAUAUAACAUUUCUAACGGAAGCAAAGAAAUUUAUUUGGGGCUAUAGCCCCCCCAGAAAUUUUACCUUAGUUGCGCCUAUGACGUUGUUUCAAAAGUGUAAAUGUAUCAACGUUAGGUGUUAAUUGGAAAGCUAACCGUAAAGCAUGGAUGAAUCGAGAUUUAAUGACAGACUGGCUAAUGUGUUUUAAAAUUAUUUUAUUUCUAGAUAACGCUAGCUCACAUACUGAUACAUUAAUUUUAAAAAAUAUAAAACUAAUAUUCCUACCUCCAAAUACAACUUCGAUUUGCCAACCACUAGAUCAAGGAAUUAUUAAAAAUUUUAAAGUUCAUUAUCACCAACGAUUACUUCGUCAUAUUUUAUCUGGACUUGAUCAGAAUGUAGAAAACAAAUCUAUAAACGUUUUAGAUGCAUUUUUUUGGAUAAAGUCCGCAUUAAAGAAUAUAAAACCAGAGACAGUCAAAAAUUGUUUAAAAAAGUCGGGAUUUUUUUCAUCCGAUAGGUACAGCAGAAUAUGUAAUAUUUCUAUAGAUAAUAAUAUCCUUACAGAAGACAAUACAUUAAUAAUAUCAGAUAUAGUCAAUUGUAAUCUAGAAAAUUUGAGUGAAAAAGAAACCGAACAACCCGAAGAAGAAUACGAGUCGAUAUACAAUCCAACGUUUGAAGAAGUAUGGAAAACAUAUUUUAAAAAUAAAGAAGAUGAAAUCGCAUUAUCAAUGGCAGCCAAUUUACAAAUUCAUUGUGAAGAGCAGAAAAAAUUUACACAAAAAAAAAAUUACAGAUUUUUUUAAUUGUACAUAAUCAUUAAACAUUUUUAUACAUACAAAUUUUUUGUCCACUAAGUAGAGGUUUUCUCAAUAGUGGACAACUCCCUAUAGUGGACAUUUUUUAAUUCCCCGUGGCUGUCCACUAUAUAGAGGUUUCACUGUAUCACGAUGAUUGAUUAGUCUUUAGGUCGUUUUCCAGAUGAAGCCAUUAUUGAGAGUCAGAGUACUUAAAUAUUAACUAAAUUGUACGAAU